CAUCUCUGUUCAAAUACACAAGGGGUCUGGCGGCGGGACUUAGUUGAACGUCUGCCUUCGUUCAGAGCGCAACAGGCAGACCAAACGGCGGAUCAGAUUCUCCGAUCCUGUAGCUAAGCUACUUUCGCUAUCGGCAUUUUUUUUUUUUCUACUUUCAAGAUCACGAGACCAAUAAAUCCGUUACGUAAAGACUGAUGGUUUAUGAUGGACUGGAUUUUUCGACAACCACGGAAAAAUCGUUAUUACAACAGAUUCAAGUGACGAUACGAUGAUAUAAUUGGUGCAACUUAGCGUAGCUGCGUAAAAGUUUUGACUUGAAAACUGUGUGAUUGCUGUGACUUGAAAAACUGCGGAAGUUUUAUGAACCGAAGAACUGUGAUACACGUUCGGUGUCAGUGACCUUCAGCGGAUUCACCUUCCUUCGGCGUGAGAUAGGCUAAAUGUACUGUCAUUAACAACUGAGGAAGACGUAGUUGCCACACCUCCAACUCUACAACACAAAGCAGUGAAAAAAUAUACACAUAAAUAUAUAUAUAUUUUCUUUGGAAAAUCUGCCAGUGACCUUUAAGAAGGAUGUCGGCUGAGGCUCCUGAAAUCAAGACUAUGGGUUCGGUCAAAGAUGGCGUUGAAGGACAAGGAAAGGACGAAUCAGCAUCCGAAAGACGUAUUAGAAUAUUGAAACAGAUGGGGCUCGUUUGUAUGGGUUGCAUGGGGCAUUUCUCCCUCGGCGUCGCCUUACCCUGGCCCUCGCCUGCCCUAUCCGACAUGGCGGUCAACAACGCUACUCUGGUGGGAACGGAAAUGGCGCUCAACGCUUUGCAGAAGGACAUGACAGGUAGCAUGGUAUCCCUCGGUAUGCUCUUCGGGGCAUGGUUGGCUGGCUGGUUGGUAAGUACGUUGGGGAGGAGGCGUUCCAUGCAAGUUAUCACAGCUCCCUUUCUGAUUGGAUGGUUGCUUAAUGCCUUGGCGCCUAACCCGGAAGUCUUACUCGUAUCAAGAUUCAUUGUGGGUCUGGCGUGUGGGUCAGUUUCGGUAGCAGCGUCUACCUACGUCUUGGAACUAGCUGACGUGAGCGUGAGGGGCAUGAUGGCCACAAUGCCAACCGUGGCCAUAGUGCUGGGUGGCCUGUACACAGUCUGGAUGGGAUACGCCCUCCAGUGGCACCACCUGGCACUCGUGUGCGCCAUUCCUCCUACGAUCAUGUUGUCCGUCACCUUCCUCCUUCCGGAAUCGCCGUCGUACCUCGUCAUUCGCGGGAGACGUCAACGGGCGCUGAUGAUCCUCCGGAAACUCAGAGGACCUUACGCUAACGUCGAAGAGGAAGUGCAGGAACUGGAGCGCCGUAACCUGUCCAGCGGCGGGCAAACGGGAUGGAAGGGACUCCUGAACCCGGAAGUGAUGAAGAACGUCGCUAUCAUGAUCAUGCUGUUCCUGUUCCAGCAACUGUGUGGGAAUUACGUUUUCAUGAUCCAGACGUCCAGGGUCCUGAAGGCUGUCGGGGCUCCGUGGGACCCCGACGCUGCGACAGUAGUCGUCGGGGCCAUCAGAGUCGCCGGGACGAUCGUGGCCAUUUUCCUUCUUGACCGCAUUGGGCGAAGAUACUGCCUCAUCAUUUCGCAUGCAAUCAACGCCAUGGCUCUCAUUAUUCUCGGGGUGUACGUCUUUUUAGCCGAGGGAAGUCUUCCAGAAGAAGAAGAAACUUACUCAAGGCUCAAUUGGGUGCCACUACUCUGUGUACUGGUAAUCAUGUUCAUCAUCAACGUGGGCGUCCACCCAGUUCCCUUCAUCCUGGGCACAGAGUACUUCCCAACCAACAUCCGAGCUCAGGCUUCGUCCAUCUGCUUCUCAUCGGGAACGGUUUUCGCCUUCCUCGCUCUCCAGCUGUACAGCCCCAUGCAGGAGGCCAUGACGCAAGCAGGCCUCUACUGGUUUUACGCUUCCAUCAGCGCCCUGGGGGUGUUAUUCACUUUCAUUUUCAUCAAAGAGACCAAGGGGAAAACCGUUGGAUGAAAGUGAAAAAUCUCUCAUGAUUAAGUGAAUUACAAAUACACAUGAAGAUUAAC